UCGGCCUGGGCCGACAACGGCCUGGCUUCUGGGAUUCUUCGCUUCCUCCGCCUUUCUCACCUUCGGCUGGUCGCGAUCCAAUGGCGAAUCAAGGCGAGGGUUCCUCUUCCGAUCCCAGCAAGGGAAAGAAGGAUUACAGCACGGCGAUUCUCGAGAAGAAGAAGGCACCUAACCGGCUGGUCGUCGAUGAGGCUACUAACGAUGAUAAUUCUGUGGUUGCCUUGCACCCUGAAACAAUGGAGAAGCUUCAGCUCUUUCGUGGAGAUACCAUACUGUUGAAGGGUAAGAAAAGGAGGGAUACUAUCUGUAUUGCUCUCGCUGAUGAGACAUGUGAUGAGCCAAAAAUCCGGAUGAACAAAGUUGUCAGAUCAAACCUUAGGGUGAGGCUUGGGGAUGUUGUCUCAGUUCAUCAAUGCCAAGAUGUCAAGUAUGGGAAGCGUGUUCAUAUACUGCCAAUUGAUGACACAAUUGAAGGAGUGACGGGGAACCUGUUUGAUGCAUAUUUGAAACCAUACUUUCUGGAGGCAUAUCGUCCUGUUAGGAAAGGAGAUCUCUUCCUUGUCAGGGGAGGGAUGAGAAGUGUUGAGUUUAAGGUUAUAGAGACUGAUCCUGCGGAAUACUGUAUUGUUGCGCCUGACACAGAGAUUUUCUGUGAGGGGGAACCUAUAAAGAGGGAGGAUGAAGACAGACUUGAUGAGGUGGGUUAUGAUGAUGUUGGAGGAGUUAGAAAACAAAUGGCUCAAAUAAGAGAGUUAGUUGAGCUACCUCUUAGGCACCCUCAAUUGUUUAAGUCAAUUGGUGUCAAGCCACCAAAAGGCAUAUUAUUGUAUGGACCACCUGGUUCUGGAAAGACAUUGAUAGCUAGAGCAGUUGCAAAUGAAACUGGAGCUUUCUUUUUCUGCAUUAAUGGCCCUGAGAUCAUGUCAAAACUUGCUGGUGAAAGUGAGAGCAAUCUGAGAAAGGCUUUUGAAGAAGCAGAGAAAAAUGCACCGUCAAUUAUUUUUAUUGAUGAGAUUGAUUCAAUUGCUCCCAAGAGAGACAAAACUGGCGGGGAAGUUGAGAGGCGUAUAGUUUCUCAACUUUUGACACUAAUGGACGGUUUGAAAUCUCGUGCUCAUGUGAUUGUCAUUGGGGCUACAAACAGGCCAAAUAGCAUUGAUCCAGCUCUCAGAAGAUUUGGAAGGUUUGACAGGGAAAUUGAUAUUGGUGUCCCAGAUGAAGUUGGACGGUUGGAGGUUCUUCGGAUUCACACCAAGAAUAUGAAGCUAGCUGAAGAUGUUGAUUUAGAAAGGAUUUCUAAGGAUACUCACGGUUAUGUUGGAGCUGACCUUGCAGCACUCUGCACUGAAGCUGCUCUACAAUGCAUUCGUGAAAAGAUGGACAUAAUUGACUUGGAGGAUGAAUCUAUUGAUGCUGAGAUUCUCAAUUCUAUGUCUGUUACAAAUGAACAUUUCAAGACUGCUCUUGGAACAAGCAAUCCAUCUGCUUUACGUGAGACUGUUGUUGAAGUGCCUAAUGUCAGCUGGGAUGAUAUUGGUGGUUUGGAGAAUGUCAAGAGGGAGCUGCAAGAGACUGUGCAGUACCCAGUUGAGCAUCCUGAGAAGUUUGAGAAGUUUGGGAUGUCCCCAUCCAAGGGUGUUUUGUUUUAUGGGCCACCUGGUUGUGGAAAAACUUUGUUAGCUAAGGCCAUUGCUAAUGAGUGCCAGGCAAAUUUUAUCAGUGUCAAGGGUCCUGAAUUACUGACCAUGUGGUUCGGUGAGAGUGAAGCAAAUGUACGUGAAAUCUUUGACAAAGCACGUCAAUCUGCACCUUGUGUUCUCUUUUUUGAUGAGCUUGACUCCAUUGCAACUCAGAGAGGCAGUAGUGUCGGUGAUGCUGGAGGUGCUGCUGAUAGGGUUCUCAACCAGCUACUGACAGAAAUGGAUGGCAUGAAUGCCAAGAAAACUGUCUUCAUUAUAGGAGCAACUAACAGACCUGAUAUAAUAGACCCUGCAUUGCUUAGACCAGGUCGUUUGGACCAAUUGAUUUAUAUUCCUUUGCCAGAUGAGGCUUCAAGAUACCAAAUAUUUAAGGCUUGUGUAAGGAAAUCUCCUGUGUCAAAAGAUGUUGACCUAGCUGUUCUCGCCAAGUACACUCAGGGAUUUAGUGGCGCCGAUAUCACGGAAAUUUGCCAACGUGCAUGCAAGUAUGCUAUUAGAGAGAACAUUGAGAAGGACAUUGAAAGGGAGAAGAAGAAGAGUGAGAAUCCUGAAGCAAUGGAAGAAGAUGAGGUUGAAGCAGCAGCAGAGAUCAAAGCUGUCCAUUUUGAGGAAUCUAUGAAGUUUGCACGACGCAGCGUUAGUGAUGCAGACAUUCGGAAGUACCAAGCUUUUGCUCAGACUUUGCAGCAAUCAAGGGGGUUCGGCUCAGAGUUCCGCUUCUCAGAACGAUCUGAACCGGCAUCUGGUAACACAGCAUCAGAUCCUUUCACAGCAGGUGCUGCUGAUGACGACGACGAUCUAUAUAGUUAAUCUAUGGGAAUGCUAUUUUUCUCUCUACAUUUUAUUGUGCUCCAUAUGGGGAUGGAACUUUUAGGAUCUCUUGAACGCUAGGAGCACCUGCUGGUGGGAUUUUCACCUGUGGCCAAACUAAUAUAUUUUCAGGUCUCUGUUAUUAUUUGACCCUUAAUUACUAAGUUAAAAAAAGAACACAACACCGUUAUCUUUA